GCAGCUUGGUCGGGUCACAGAUGCUAAUCUCUUUUUCUAUUCACAAACUAUAAAGGGAGUUGAUAGCACCUGUAAAUGGUUUUCUGAGGCUAGAUUAUAUCUAAGGUGAUUAUUAUUUACACCCACUAUAAAGACUGCUCUUGUGAGCCAAGAUGUCUGUUCCUGUGAGGAUCACUGAAAGAGAAACACGGGAUCGGAUAUCAAGGCGGGAUGCCCCCGUUUGCGUCCGCAGCCGCAGUGCACAGGAACCCCACCGAGAGCCUCGGUGGCAGGAUACCGUGCAGCCGUCACGAAGGCAAAGCCGGGGGGGGUGUCGAUCCGCGCCUUUACAAAAUCGUGAAAAUGAGACGUUUGAAGUGGAAAGCCCAGCCAGGAAAACACCCCCACCCCUACCACUGUGCAUGCGCGCCCCGGCCGCCUCCGGGCGACGGCGGGCCGGUGGCGCGGGCCGGGGAGGAGGCCGAGGGCGCGAUCUGCCGUUCGAGUUUCCAAACAUAGCCGGCAGCGCGGACUACCCGCGCCCUGCCGCACUCCAGCUGCCGCCGCGCUGGGGCGGGCAAGGCGCCGGGCAUGCGCGCCCCGCGCAACAAGUGGGCUCCGCGCCGGCGGCCGGGGGAGGGGAGGGAAGGGGAGAGGGAGGGCGGGCACUCGGUGGUGACGCGGGGCCCCGCCCGGGCGCAGCUGAGCCGGGAGCGCGGCGCGGGGGAGGGGAGGGGCGGUGCGGGGGGAGCGCGGCGCGGCGGAGGGGGCGCGCAGGCACAGGCGGCGGCGCGCAGCACCCCGAGCUCGGACUGCGAGCAGCGGCGAGGAUGAGGAGCAGCAGCAGCGGAGAGCUAGAGAACGCAGGGAAACAGAAGCGGCUAGAAGGCGACCCCCACCCAGCCCCCCGGAGGAGCAGUAGGAGCGGUUCCCACCCCACCGGGGCAGCAGCGGCAGGACCAGGUGGAAGAAGCCGCCUGCGACAGCAGAAGCGAGCUAAAAGCAGACGGUCCGCUUUGCUGAAAGGGGCAACAGGAUCAGGUACGGAGAGCCACCCGCCACUGCAGCCCGGGGGGGAAGACUGA